AUGAGGUGGACCCAUAUCCUUGGAGAUGCAUUCUCAGCUACAGAGUGCAUCAACACGUGGGGGAAGAUCAUGGCCAAUCAGAAACUGCCACCUCACUCUCUCGACAGUCCUCCAAUCACCCCCCGCCACGUCGGACCGAUGAUGACAUCCUCGUUUUGCCACUCCCUUAAACCGUUGGAUUCCCUCGGAGACAACUGGCUAACUCCAAACAACUUCAAAAUGCAAACUCACACUUUUCACAUCACACAGAAACAGCUGAACUCUUUGCUGUCCGAAGAUCGGAACAAGUGUAAUAAGAUUACGAUAAACCCUUUCGAAGUGAUAUCUGCGAUCGUGUGGAAAUCGAUGGCCAAAAUUAAGGAGACUAAGAUAAUCACUGUGUGUAAAAAGGGGAAAUUUGAUAGUAGUAUUCUUGAAAAUAAGUUUCUUGGUAAUACACACCAAGUGAUUGGGACUGUCGAAGCUGAGAAUACGAGCCUAAUUGCGGAUUCCGAUCCGAUUGAGAUAGCUAAGAUGAUUGGUGAAGAGUUUGUGGAUGAAACGAGCUUGAUCGAGAAACGAAUGGAGGAAGGAGAUGGGAAUGUUGAUGUGUUGGUUUACGGUGGGUCGAAUCUUACGUUUGUCGACUUGGAAGGAGUGGAUUUGUAUGGGCUGGAGAUGAAUGGACAAGGCCCGGUUUUUGCUGACGUAAGCAUUGGUGGGGUGGGCGACGAAGGGGCGGUUGUGGUGGUCCCGAAUGCGGGGCAACAAGGGCGAAUUGUGAAUGUGAUUCUGCCUGAGAAUCAACUCCAUCUCUUGAAGGAAGCGCUCAGGUCGGAUUGGGGCCUUUUCUAG